AUGUAUAAUGCACAACAUAUCCAGUUCGGGCCCGGUUAUAAUUGGAGCAUACUGAUAUCAUAUCGUCGAAAGCAAGAAAAGUGGGAGGUUAGAAGAUACAAUGGGUCUCAUUCCUGCAUGCAAACUUUGAUGGGACAAGACCAUGGUAGGUUAGAUUCGAAGGUGAUUGCACAACACAUCUUCACAAUGGUCAAAGCCGAUCCAACAAUCAGCAUCAGGGUUCUUCAAGGAGGUGUGGAUAGGCACUUUGGUUACAAGGCAUCCUACCAAAAGGUUUGGCUUGCAAAACAGAGAGUGAUCGCCAGAAUAUAUGGCGAUUGGGAGGAGUCAUACAACGAGCUGCCUCGUUGGUUAUUCGCAAUGCAGAUGUACUUGCCUGGUACUUGGGUGCAACUGGUGACUCAACUUUGGCCUGGCUUGACGGAUAUUGUCAUGUUUCAGCGGGUCUUUUGGACAUUUUCACCGUGUUUUGAGGCUUUCAAGCAUUGCAAGCCACUUAUUUUCAUUAAUGUCACUCACUUAUAUGGUAAAUACGGUGGGACCUUAUUGAUGGCGAUAGCUCAAGAUGGAAACGCAAACAUUCUGCCUAUUGCAUUUGCCAUUGUCGAGGGUGAGACAAAGGAGGCGUGGUCAUUCUUUCUGUCGUAUCUGCGGGAGCAUGUCACACCACAACCCGGGCUCUUAGUGAUUUCAGAUAGGCACAAAUCUAUUGAUGGUGCAUUGAACGCCGACGGGAGUCUAUGGAAACCACCUCACGCCUUCCAAGGGUUUUGUACAAGACACGUUGUAGCCAACUUCAUGACUCACUUCAGGAACAAAGACUUGAAGAAGGUCCUAAUUAACGCAGCGUAUUCAAAGUCACAGCGUGAGUUUGCUCAUUGUUACGGUCGACUCAGGGGCGAAAAUGUAGCCAUCAUUAACUGGCUUGAGGAAAUGCCACGGUCACAGUGGGAACAGUAUGCUGAUGAGGGUCGUCGAUUUGGUCACAUGACGACGAAUAUAUCCGAGUGUAUUAAUGUUGUUAUGAAGGGGUCCCACAAUUUGCCGAUCACUGCUCUUGUCAAGUCAAGUUAUUUCUGCCUGAGUGAACUCUUUGCAAGGAAGGGUUCUGAGGCACUGGCCCAACUUCAAGUCGGUGCUGAAUUCUCUUAG